GAGGUGAUCAAAGUGCAGCGUGACUUCAAGUGCUGUGCUGGUUUCUCCUGGCUGGCGGGCUGCGCAUGUUGUGCCUACGAGGUCAGCGUAGAGUCUCCCCCUGGACAGCUCAUUGGAUACGUCCGACAGGAGUGUAGUCCCUGGGCACCCAAGUUCUCCAUCCGGGAUGCAGAUGGGCAGAAAGUGUUGUCUGUGGACGGCCCCUGUUGUGUGUGCCAGGGCGCGUGGUGUUGCGAACAAGAGUUCCAGGUGAAGACUUCGGACGGGGAAGUGAUUGGUAAGAUUGCGAAGCAGUUCUCGGGUUUGAUCAAGGAGUACUUCACAGACGCAGACAACUUCGGAGUCCAGUUCCCCCUCGACCUCGACGUCAAGAUGAAGGCCAUCAUGAUUGGGGCAGUGUUCUUGAUUGACUUCAUGUUCUUCGAAAACGAGAGCAACAACCGCAACUCCUAAAGGUAAUCCAUACUUCAGACAGGCAGCCGACAAGCCAAACGGACCAGCGUCAGCUAAAAUGCGACAAAUUGGACAAUAUUUCUGAUUUUCAGCCUAUUCUGAAAACAGCUCAAAAUAAUCUGACUUAAACUCAUCAAAUUA